AUGACUGGGUCCAAUGAAUUUAAACUCAACCAAGGUCCUGAGGACAGUAUUUCGGCUGUGAAAUUCAGUCCUAGUACGGCACAGUUUUUACUGGUCUCGUGGGACUCCACUGUACGUCUCUUUGAUGUUGGGACAAUUCUAUGAGAAUGAAGUAUUCAGCAUCUGGCUCCAGUAUUGGAUUGUGCUUUUUAUGACCCCACGCAUGCCUGGAGUGGGGGCUUGGAUGCACAGCUGAAAAUGCACGAUUUAAAUACAGAUCAAGAUACUAUUGUUGGAAACGAUGCACCAAUUCGCAGUUGUAGAGUACUGCCCAAGCUCAAUGUUCAUGGUAAACAGGCAGCUGGGGACAGGUCAGUUCGUCUCUGGGACCCAAGGACGCCGUGCAAUGCUGGAACAUUUACCCAGCCUGAAAAGGUUUACACACUGUCGGUUGCUGGAGACCGGCUUAUUGUAGGCACAGCAGGAAGAAGGGUUCUGGUCUGGGACCUCCGAAACAUGGGUUAUGUCCAGCAGAGAAGAGAGUCCAGUCUGAAGUACCAGACCCGCUGCAUCCGUGCUUUUCCCAACAAACAGGGUUAUGUAUUGAGCUCAAUCGAGGGAAGGGUGGCUGUUGAGUACCUGGAUCCCAGUCUGGAAGUGCAGAAGAAGAAAUAUGCAUUUAAAUGCCACCGCCUGAAGGAGAAUGGCAUUGAGCAGGUCUACCCUGUCAACGCCAUCUCUUUCCAUAGUAUUCACAAUACCUUUGCCACAGGUGGUUCUGAUGGCUUUGUGAACAUAUGGGAUCCCUUUAACAAGAAGCGUCUGUGUCAGUUCCACCGCUACCCCACCAGCAUUGCUUCUCUGGCCUUCAGUAUAGAUGGUACGCUUCUUGCCAUCGCCUCAUCCUACAUGCAGGAACAGGGUGACAUCACACACCCAGAGGAUGCAAUCUUCAUCCGACAGGUCACAGACGCUGAGACCAAGCCAAAGUGA